AUGUAUCAAAAGACAAAAAAAGUGAAAUGGGCGAAGUUGCUUUAUAGCGAUUUCACAACAUUUACAAGAGACCAAGAACAUCUUAUUUCAAACAACGCGUCAAACUACGUGGAAGGAUUUAUCAUUACAAAUGAGAAUGCGGCAAGUGACUGGACAUUGUCCUCUCCUUCCCGCAAAGCCGAGGUGGCUGCUUUGCUAAAGAAGCAAGGGGUCCUUUACUUUAUUGAACUCGUCAAGUAUUACGAUAAUAACACUGCUGCAACCAUUGAUCAGGAAUUUGACACAUUAUUGAAGGAGUUGAAGUAUAUGAGUGGUUACAACGUAACAACAGAUGCUUCAUUUGUUGAGUUCAUUAAUAGAUUGGGGGACUUAGACAACGGGACACCACCUCUACCAUCUCACCCAUGGAUCAAUCUCUUCAUACCCAAAUCUUCGAUAGUCGAAUUCAACGCCGGAGUAUUAGCCGGCAUGCUCCCCAAGCUCAACGACCCGAAGCUCAAUGAGACGUUCGGCAUCUUCAUCUUCUACCCGUUCAAUAGAAACAAAUGGGACGACAGAAUGACGGCGGUGGUGCCGGACGAGGAAGUAUUCUACACUCUUGCGGCGCUGCACACAACGCCGCAAGAUGGCUACAAAUCCAUUGAUGAGUUCAACAAUGAGAUUUUGGAGUUUUGCAAAAGCAAAGGGCUAAAGGUGAAGCAAUAUCUUCCUAAUAUAAAGUCCAAGAAAGAAUGGAUGGACCAUUUUGGGACGAAAUGGGAAACAGUUGAGAAGAGGAAAGCCAUGUUUGAUCCCAAGAACAUACUCUCUCCUGGUCAAAGGAUUUUCAAUUGAUCAAUUUUUUUCUUUUCGAGUUGUAUACAUCUCUUUAUCUUUUGUCGGAGAGAUGUAUAUAUGACCGUUUAGAUCUUCUCGAAAAGAUAGAAAUAAUUGGUUGUUGCUAAA